AUGGUCCGCGUGGCGCGGGCCCUGGGUCUCUUCAUCCUGUGCGUGGCGGUGCUCAUCCUGUCCCUCAUCAGCUAUGUGUCCCUCCGCAAGGACAGCCUCUUCGGCUCGCCAAGUACGUGGAGGACCCCGGAUUAUGUUCCACGCAGGCUUCCGUGUGGGACUGCAAGUGGAUUUAGCUCCACAGCAGAGCUGGGGGCGGACAAACACAAUUACCCAAACACACGAUCUCAGUUCGCCAUGAACUUCCUGGACCCCUCCUUCAUCCCGCUGACGACCGCCCUCAACGAGGAGCUGCAGGGAAAGCCGUCCAAAUGGAAAUUCAACAAGACUGCCUUUUUCCAGCAGAGGAAAGAUAUUUUCAACUUCAUCGACAUUCCCAAAAACUUCUCGCUGACCAAGAGCAGCGUGCGAGUGGGCCAGCUGAUGCACUUUGACUACUCCAGCCACAAGUACGUCUUCUCCAUCAGCAACAACUUCAAGUCCCUGCUGCCUGACGCCUCGCCCAUCCUGAACAAGCACUACAGCACGUGCGCCGUGGUGGGCAAUAGUGGCAUCCUGACGGGAAGCCACUGCGGCUCCGAGAUCGACCGGGCCGACUUUGUGUUCCGCUGCAACUUCGCCCCCACCGAGGUCUAUGCCAAGGACGUGGGCAGGAAGACCAACCUGACCACCUUCAACCCCAGUAUUCUGGAAAGGUACUACAACAACCUGCUGACCAUCCAGGACAGGAACAACUUCUUCCUGCACCUGAAAAAGCUGGAGGGGGCCAUCCUGUGGAUCCCGGCAUUCUUCCUGCAUACCUCGGCCACGGUGACCCGGACCCUGGUGGACUUCUUUGUGGAGCACAAGGGCCAACUGAAGGUGGAGCUGGCUUGGCCCGGAAACAUCAUGCAUGACGUCAACAAGUACUGGAAGACGAAGAACCUCUCCCCCAAACGCCUCAGCACGGGCAUCCUCAUGUACACGCUGGCGUCGGCCAUGUGCGACGAGAUCCGCCUGUACGGCUUCUGGCCCUUCGGCUGGGACCCCAACACGGGCAACGAGCUGCCCUACCACUACUACGACAAGAAAGGGACCAAGUUCACCACCAAGUGGCAGGAGACCCACCAGCUCCCCAGCGAGUUCAAGCUGCUCUACCGGAUGCACCGCGACGGCGUCACCAGACUCAGCCUGACGCACUGCACGUAGACGAGAGGGGACCGCCAUGCAUGACGAGGUUCACUACGCUCACAUUCCACACCACGGAAUUUCACGCCGCUUGGUCGCCAACGGUGACCGUUAAGCACUCGCCUCCAUCACUCUCCUUCGCAUGGCUGCUGGCUUGGCCGGAACCAAUCAAAAGAAAAAAACGUAAACACAGUGGAACCUCUAAAGUGGGAACCAGAACAUUACGGAGUGAGAAGAUUUUGACCAUUUUUUUGGAUUUUCGCACAUUUCUUCAAUGAAAAAGUAAUGGAAACAGAAUUACAAACCUAUAUUUACUGUGGCAAUUACUGACCAGAUGUCAACAUUUUAAGUGUAAAAAGAAGUUAAAUGUGUUUUUAAACCUUUUACGUUUAAGGCGGACCUGAAGAAGAACGAUGAAAAAUGUUUUCCAUUGAUAUAAAUCCACUGUAAAAACAACAACAGUAGACGUUAUGAUAAAAUAACUGGCAGCACACUGGCCAGAAUUUGACUGUAAAAAAUAACAGCGGUACUGUUUUUCAAUUUACAGUAAUGCACCGUAAAAACAAAAAAUAUAGAUUUUACAGUAAAAAGCCCAGUCACAAGAACACUAAUGUAAAAAUAACAGUAGUACUGUUUUUCCAUUUGCAGUAAUGCACUGUAAAAACAAUGACGGUAGAUUUUGCGGUAAAUGAAAAAAAUGGCAGCUCAAUCGCCAGGAUUAUUGUAAAAAUAAUAUUUUUACAGUAAAAAUAUAAUUUUUUAAAAAUAUUAUUUUUACAGUAAUGCACUGUAAAACCAAUGACGGUAGAUUUUG